AUGACGUCCACUGACGAGCAAGAGAUUGAUAAGUUCAUGGCCGAGGGCGGCUACAAUACCUCCGAGGGACCUAUUGUUGAGUCUGCUAAUGACGUGCGCGACAAGAAGCGCAAGGCCAAGCAGGACGAACAUGCUUCUAAGAAGCCCAAGGUCGUUCAAGAGAAUCGCGCCAUCUGGGUCACAAACCUGCCCCUCGACGCCGACAAGGACGAUAUCGAAGAGGCCUUCUCUAGAUACGGCAUAAUUGAUCAAGGAGCAGAUGGCGAAAAGCGUAUCAAGAUGUACGCCGACGACGAGGGCAAUUUCAACGGCAAUGCCCUGAUCGUCUACUUCAAGAGAGCUUCGAUCGCCCUCGCCUGCACGAUGUUGGAUGGUUACCCCUUGCGCAUGGACGAGCCCGAGAAGGGCACGAUUACUGUUACGGAAGCUGACCCAUCCCAUAAGAAGAACAAGGAUAGCGAGCAGAUUGUCUCCAAGCUCACCCGCAAGGAUAAGAAGGCAUCAGAGCGCAACCGGGCUGACCUGAACCGCAAGCUAGCUGAGUGGUCUGACAACGAGGAAGAAGUCGCCGAAGCCUUCGCGCCUAGGAAGAACAAGUGGGCCAAGGUCUGCAUCGUCAAGCAUGCCUUCACGCUUGACGAUCUCGAGGAAGACCCCGCCGCAUACCUCGACAUUAAGGACGACAUGCGUGAGGAGGCUGAAAAGUUCGGAGACGUCACCAACGUCACGCUCUUCGACAAGGAACCCGAGGGCAUCCUGACGAUCCGCUUCAAGGACUUCGAUGCUGCCGAGAAGUGUCGUGAUGGUUGGAAUGGCAGGAGCUUCGCAUUCCAGAGACUCGAGGUCACACUCGCCGAGGACCGCCCCAAGUUCAAGAAGAGCAACCGUGCGGAGGAGGAGAACAGCUCGGACGAGGAGAGACUCCACAGGGUUGCGAACGACUAG